AUGGAUAAGUUUCGAAUUAUGGUCCAGUUUUUGCAAGCCAACCAAGAGUCGUUCAUGAAUGGCAUCUGUGGGAUCAUGGCUCUGGCAAGUGCUCAGAUGUAUUCCUCAUUUGAGUUCACCUGUCCUUGUCUUCAAGACUACAAUUAUGCGUAUGGAAUCGGCAUUCUAAUCGUUCCGCCAAUAUGGUUCUUUUUACUUGGAUAUGUACUUAACAACAACAUAUCAGUGUUAACUGAGGAAUGGAAGAGACCGGUUGGAAAACGCAGGAAAGAUCCGGCGGUUUUGCGCUACAUGUUCAGCUCCAUGACGCAGCGCGCUCUCAUCGCUCCAACUGUAUGGGUAGCCGUGACUUUAAUGGAUGGCAAGAGCUUUUUGUGUGCUUUCAGCUCCACGACGGAUUUAUCUGAGUUCCUCAACGAGAGCUAUCCAAGCUUAUCCAAAAAGGAGCUUCUGAAAUUACAAGCAAGGAUUCCAUGCAAAGACGUAUUUGAUGGGCAUGAGAUUAUUUCCAGAGAAGCAGCCACUAGGUACAUUCGCUGUUUGUCACAGGCCUGUGGAUGGACCUUUUUAAUGGUAAUAACUAUAGCAGCCUUCUUGAUAAGGGCGAUAAGACCUUGUUUCACACAAGCCGCUUUUCUUAAAACCAAAUAUUGGUCGCACUACAUUGAUACAGAGCGCAAACUAUUCGACGAAACAUGCAAAGAGCACGCCAAGAGCUUUGCUAAGGUCUGCAUACAGCAAUACUUCGAGAGUAUCAGUGGUGAAAUUGUUCCACAGUUCCAGCUACCCACAAAGAAAGGGAAAGGCAACAAAGAUGAUGAUGGGGAAAACCAGAAGAGUGACGAGGAGAAGAUUCUUGGGAUCCGUAAAGAAGAAGACAUGAAUAAAGUCCUGUGGAACUGGCAUACAUGUAAACCCGCACUAUUUCUGAACAAACACGCUCAAAAUAUGACUAUGAAUGGACAUGCACACUUGGAUACACUCACCCUCUCAGAUGAGCACUACACUCACACACCUAUGAAAAACACAGCUGUGGCAUACUACUCCAAAGUCUGACUUCAUGGUGUAAUCUUAGUCUGGUAUAGCAGUACUCACUGUCAAGAUCUCAUUUCUAUUUAUUGCAUGCCAUUUCUUAUUUAAUAUCCUCCUGAGACUCAGUAGUCAUUCAAUCGAGUCACUGUUAAAUAAUAGGAUAAUAUGGGCUUUUCCAUGAUAACACAAAGCAAAGUGCAGGUGUGACCAAUAUGACAACAAUAAUAUAAUGAUGAUGACGAUGUUAAUAAGGAAUGUCACUCUUUUUCUCUACUUCUUAUGCAGCAAAUUAAGGUUUACUAAAAUUAAGUUAUAGCUAAAAGUUAAAUUCAGGAGGAGUUUGUUAAUGUAAUCAGUCAUAGGAUAUCAAGGACAUAUCAGCAGCUGCUAACGUCACUCCGGGGGUAAUUUUUACAGUAUUUAGCCUCGCCCACUAACAGCAAGUUGCUAUGGCUGCUAAAGCGAUCAAAGUAGUUUACCACAUGGUAAAUUAUGUUUCCCACAGUCACAGACAAUGUUAUUGUCCAACAGAAGCUGCCACAGCAGUUUGCAACUGCAUAGCUUG